AUGGCCGUUCUCGCUCUGCAUGCGCCAUGGAUCGUUCUUCUCAUGGUCGGUACAUGUUAUGGCAUGAUCAUCUAUGGCGAAGUCGGCUGGCAAGAUCUUGGACCUGGUCUCGGACCUAGAACUACCAGCGCCAGCACGAUCUCGGAGCCUCCUCAUGACUCAUACAACAUCGCUACGCCUUCGGCGGUCAACAUGAGUACGGGGCCCACGCCGAGUAUGAUUAUCUGUCCUCCUGCAAUCGGGGAAAGCCGCCAUGAGCAAUGGACAUCCUGUCCUCGAACCCUGUCGGGUGUUGGAAUCUCCACAACCGCAUCGCUGCGGAACUUGUCCAGCCCAACCUUCUUUGGAAACAAAACAAGACCGGUCAUGACGAGGACUAGCACAACCAAAACCACCACUGUAUCCAUCCAAAGGGCUCCUCAGACGUCUUCAGGGGCGCCGGGCUUGACCACGUUUGCAGCACCGAGCAGCAGCGGCAUAUCGCAUCCGAUCCAGUCAGCAAGUGUUGGCCGCCCAGGAAAUAAUUCAUUGCCUUCGCCUAGCACUCAAUAUACUCCAGCGGCAUCCAGUCCUGCAGAAAGCGUCUGGAGAGGAAGAGGGAAAGCUGGAAUGUUCUCAAUCAUCUGUCUUGCUUUACUCCAUGGUUUGGUUCUCUGA